GGUAAACAAUUGAUGCAAAUCGCAAAUCGGAACACCAGAGGAUGAAAUUUCGAUAUCUAUCAGUCACUUACUUUUGCUUUUGACCAAUAUCUCUCCAACACCCACCAAACAAAGAUUCACACAUCCUUCCAUUGAAUCAAUUGAACCAAGACCAUCCGUUUUCAAUAUGAACAUUUGUCGAAAUAGUCAUUUUGGUCGCCACCCCUGAUAACUUACAACUUCCGUAUUAGUCUUUCAACAAGCAGAAAAAUACAAGAUGCCACCAAGAAGAUCGCAUAAAAAAUCCAAAGCUGGCUGUCAGAGAUGCAAGCACAGGAAAAUCAAAUGUGACGAAAAACAUCCUUUGUGUGGAAAUUGUAAAAAGCAUGGCGUUUCCUGCGAUUUCGGGGAUGCUCCCUCAUCACCUGAUUCACCAGCUUUCCAACCUCCAACGCUUGUCCAUCAAAGUUCCGAAGGCUCGUUCAACCAAGUCUCAUCACCGGCGUCUACCACUUCUUCGCUAACGCCCUUCUACCGGUCCCCUACCAUGACAGUCAGAGCUCACGGGAACUCGAUGCGUGAUCGAUCACUUGAGCUCAGGCUAAUGCAUCAUUACACUGCAACGACCUCGAAAACUCUUUCUAAUGAUGAAAGUCAGGACGUUGCCUGGUCUGUGGACGUACCAUCACUCGCUUAUGACUCCCCAUAUCUAAUGGAUGCUAUCCUCGCUGUUUCUGCUUUACAUUUACGCAUAUUGCAGCCCGAAGAUCGAAGUCUUGCACGUGCAUCACAUAGUUAUAUGGCAUCAGCGCUCGCUCAAUAUUCGUCUCUUUUGAGCCAAGGCCCAUCUCAAAGCAAUGCAGAAGCACUUUUCUGCACAGCUGCUCUCAUCGCUUUCCAAGCAUCGGCGUCUCGUUGUGUCGAAAAUGGAAUUGAUGGCGAUUCUGACAGUGGUUACGUCCUACCACUCGCUUGGUUUCAUUCUUUCCAGGGAGUUAAGACAAUUGUUAUAACUUCCUGGCAUUGGCUACGAAAUUCGGCCAAAAUCUUUCCGAUCAUCAAUGGGCAGCCUCCGUUAAUACUAGAUUUUGAUCCUGAGCGCCGAGGGUUCUUUGCUUUUCUACUCGAGGGUAUCGACCAUGUAUCUAGCCCGGACGAUACUUCCAUGGAUGCAGAUACAAAGCAGGCAUACGAACAUGCUGUUGCUACGCUCAACUGGUCUCAUCAAAAACCAGAGCGAGCACGAAUUCUCAGUUUUGCGGCUACUGCAACACGUCGUUAUAUUGAUCUACUAAAGAGACAGGAUCCUCGUGCGUUGGUUAUUGUGUCGUGUUUCUUUGCUAUGACACGUAUUGUGGAUGAUAUCUGGUGGCUCCAAGGUGUUGCCAAGAGAGAAGUGACAGGAAUUUUCAAUUUACUGCCAGAAGAGUGGUGGCCAAAGAUGGAUUGGCCAAUGCGGAUCGCAUAUUCUGAGGGAAGGUUAGAUGAGGAUACAUGGGGUUCUUGUUGGCAUACAGAAGGGACGCCAAAGCGGGAAGAGGGAUUCAAUGGCAAUCUCAUCUCACACAUCGACAUGUUGGCUAAAAUUAUGAAUGCUGCACCGCCACCAGACUAAAAGUCAAUUUUUUGGAAGUUAUAAAAAUUGAGAGUAUCGGAAUACGAUAUGGUUUCGAGUAUCGUGGAGUUUGGGGGCCGUUGGCGUAUUCGGAAACAGGAAUUAGUGGGAAAAAGCAUCUUUAAAACGCAAGCUUUCUUUUGGGAUACCAAAUGCAAUUACGACACAGUUUCACGGCCUAGAAACAUAGUCGGCAUUUUAUGGUAAAUGUAUAGUAGGAAUGAACGGUCGUUCGGGCACGAGUUGAGGGUUUAAUAUGUAAUACUAAAAUUAACAUCUACAUAUAUUAAUCGCAAGGGAUGCUUCUAUUAAUCCAUAUACUGGCACAACUAUUUUGUCCCCUGUUAAAUGGAUCUUCGGGUCUCGCCAGGCGAAACUCCUGUUCAUCGAAGACUCUAUUCUCGUCCACUGUCGCGGCUGGAAACCUCGCCCAUCUGUUCCACUUCUUCGCCUCACCGAUAUUUGAUCGCUAGACAUUAAUAAUAUCAUAUAUUUUGGCUUCCGAAUUCAAUCCACGACUUUGUCUUCUGCACAUACCUGUCUGUCUACAUAUAUCGAAACUUCGUAAUGUCAAAGCGUAACUUUUCAUCGUCAAUCUGAUCGUCCGACCCAAAAAGCAACCACUCAAUGCAUGACGUAACAUUUUCCAUGAUCUCAAAACGUGACAAUGACGUUCCCCUUUGCCGAUUCUCAGCCGGAUCCUCGGUUUCUACUCGUGCUGUGCGCGGCGUAUUCCAGAGCUUGCUCUGCAGAAUAUUCGGCCGCGCGUUAAUCCCCACCGCCA